UGUUCAAGUCAUUACACAAGCCCAUGACGUUGAAGCAGCUGCUGUUAGUUCACCAGAUAGUUAUGAUAUUAAUAUAGAUGAGGAUCCAAAUGAAGCCCAUGAUGUUGAAGCAGCUGCUAAUAGUUCACCAGAUGGUUAUGAUAUUAAUAUAGAUGAGGAUUUAUGA